AUGCGUGGAAACGUUGCCUCGACCUUGGCCCUCAUGGCCGGCGUCGCGGCCGCCGCGGCUCACAACUCCUCGAGCACCUGCGCCGCGGGCCUCUACCUCAUUGUCGCCCGCGGCACCUCGGAGCUCAAGGGCGCCGGCAUCUCGGGCCCGCUGGCCGACCGCGUCGCCGAGCACAUCAAGGGCUCGACGGUGGUGCCUCUCGACUACCCGGCCACCCUGACCAACCCAAUCUACGACGACUCGGUCGGCGACGGCGUCGACGCCCUGCAAGAGGCCGUCCACAACUACACCCAGUCGUGUCCAGACGCAAAGGUCGCACUCAUGGGUUAUUCCCAGGGCGCCCAAUUGACGACGGACGCCCUCUGCGGCGGAACUGGCGCCGGCUUCGAAAGCGCCAAGCCGCUAUCUGCGGAUCUGAUCAGGAAGAACAUCGUGGCCAUUGUCUUGUUUGGCGACCCAUCACACGUCAUCAAUACCCGCUACGACAAGGGAACUAGCGUCAAGAACGGGGUGUUUGAGCGCAACAACGCGACUGUCCGCGUGUGCGAGACCUACUCGGACCGCAUGGUGUCGUACUGCGACACGGGCGACGUCUUUUGCGACAAUGGCCAGGACAAAAAGGUGCACAGCAGCUACAUCAAGCGCUACGGCGACGACGCCCUCAAGUUCAUUGUCGACCGCUACAACAAGGCGGCCAAGAGCACCGGCGGCACGAACCUCACCAGCAGCUCGACGGCGAGCGGCGGCACUGCGACGGCGGCACCGACAGCAUCGUCGACGGGCUCGACCGGGGCCUCGGGAGGGAGCUCGGCGGCAACUCCGGCGGCGACGGGCGCUGGAGGCGGCAACACGUCGGCGGCCUCGGGUCUUGUCGCUGGCGGCAGCGUCUACCUGGCCCUGUCGCUCGUCAUGGCGGCCGCGUUGCAGGCGCUGUGA